AUGGAAACCUGUGCUAAUGGUGAAGUUCCAAUGUCUAAGGGAGAUAAACUAACUAAAAAUCAGUGUCCUAAAACUGAUAUUGAGAAAACUGAGAUGGAAUCGAUACCAUAUGCUAGGCUAGUAGGGAGUUUGAUGUAUGCACAAGUCUGUUCAAGACCAGACUUGUCUUUUGCAGUAGGUAUGCUAUCCAGAUUUCAGUCAAAUCCUGGACAUGAGCAUUGGACAGCUGGCAAAAAGGUUCUAAGGUACCUGCAAAGGACCAAAGGCCAUAUGCUUGUGUAUAAACGUGUGAAAAAGCUUGAAUUGGUUGGUUUUACUGAUUCUGACUUUGCUGGGAAUUAUCCUACAUCUAUGAAGUCGACUUGUGGUUAUGUUUAUAUGCUAGCAGGUGGUGCAGUAGCUUGGAAAACAAUGAAGCAGUCAUUGAUAGCUACUUCCACCAUGCAGGCAGAGUUGAUAGCUAUAUAUGAAGGAGUGUGUGAGGGGUUAUGGAUCAGAAAUUUUAUUUUAGAGACUAAAGUGUUGAGUGAUCUUGUUACUGAAAGUUUGAAGGUGUUUUGUGAUAAUGAGGCUGCGGUGUUUUUCAGUAAGAAUAAUCCAUUUACUAAAGCAUUGUCAGUAGCAGCCUUUAAGGAGCAUUCCAGGAACAUGGGAAUUCUGUCGAGUUUUGAAGAUGCUUAA